AUGGAGAAAGUGUGUUGCAUGUGCGGCGACGUAGGCUUUUCUGACAAGCUCUUCCGCUGCGGGCACUGCCGCAACCGCUUCCAACACUCUUAUUGUAGUAACUACUACCGUGAGUUUGCGGAGCCGGCCGAGAUUUGCGGCUGGUGCCAAAGCGACGACAAAAAGCUGAUUAGCGUCACUAGACAUGACACGUCUUCUUCUUCUUCUUCAAAGAAGGCUUCUUCCUCCAUAAGUUACGAUAAUGGAUUCACAAACCGAUCAGAUUAUUCUUCCGGUGGCGGGAUCAAGCAUAACAAUAACCCUCAGGAUCAAGUGACCAAGACCGUUGCCCGAGGCCGAGAAGCGCCGUCGCCUAGAACGGCCACACGAAGGUACAAGCUUCUCAAGGAUGUCAUGUAUUAA